AUGAAGUUUACCGCUUUCCUCAUUGCCACAACGCUUUCCGGGGCUGUGCGCCUGCAGCAAACCUCAGAGGAGUCCAGUUCUCUCAAUUGGUCGCCCCAUGCGGACGACGCAGUCACUCCAUCCUCGUUCGAGGAGAGACGUGAGGCUAACGGCUGCAAGAAGACGGAGAAGAGAUCCUUGUUCUCAAAGAUGCGCGGAUGGUUCAGAUCCGAGGAGGACCAGCUGAAGGAGGUGCCCUGGUCGCUGGGGGACGAUGUGAAUGGCGAGUCCAUUCAAGAAGAGUUGGUGAAGUUUCUGGACAAGGACCGGCCAGAAACAAGCCACAGGAAGGAGGAGAAGUUUCCAAUUUUCGAAAAGCCCGACAUGAAAAGCGUGGCCUUCUUGGAGUCAGCCAUGAAGAGUGAAACCAAGGAGCCCUGCCAGCAGCAAUUGGGAGGGCUGAUGAGAGAAUUGCAGAAGGCUUGCGAGCAGGAAAGACCCUAUGAACACCGACGAUUCUUCGAGCCGUUGCCGCCCAAGACGUGCAGCGAGUCCGUGAAGGAUCUCUUUUUGCAUGGCCAGGACUUGGUGGACACGAGCCAGGUGCCGGACACGCUGGUGCGGCAUGCAGGGGUACCGCCAGAAACUCUGCCCCUGGCGCAAAGUCUUUGGUUCUUGCAAGACUGGUUGGUGAAGCUGGCCACGGCCGAGAAGGAAGCCAUUCUGUGGGCCGGAUUCUGGACUGAUCCGGAGGCUGAAGAUGGACAUUUGCACCGAGCUUCUAAAGAGACUUUGCAACGGUUUGCCCAUCUCACUGAGACCGAGACCGUACAUCCCAGCACGAAAUUGGGGCGGAUCAUCGCAGGGCACAAUGAGCUCGACCAAUGCAAGGGCGAAUUGGCUUGGAAGCUGACAGGGAACUUUUGGUCGUUUGCCAGCUAUUCCUUCGUCCGUGGCAUGAAGAUCAAAAAGCAAGGCACUGUCAUUGCUCUCGUCAACAAAGACUUGAAGGGCCCCAGACCAUUGAACAACUCUGUCUUGUUUCAGCAUGAAGUGCCCACGCUGGGUGUUGCGGCCUGGGGGCUCGGUUUUUGGUCGCCCCAAGUGAUUCUCAUUGAUUUGAAGGCGACGUGCAACAAGACCAGUUCCAUGCUUCGGGAGCGGCUCUUCGCUCGGCUCAGCCCAUACUUCCGUGUCAAAGCCCAAGAGCAAUAUUUCACCUCUGCAGAAUACGCCUUGCGCUCCAAGCCAUCGUGGCAAUGCCUCGACUGCGAGGAGGGGAAGUGCGAGCUGGGCCCCGAGUUGGCCACACAUCUACAAGUACUGCGACAGGCCCGGCAUCAGGAAGACAAGCUCAACCAACAGCUCCUGGAACUCGUGACACGCUUCAAUUUAGCGCACGCUGAGCAUGGUGGUGAGCCCGCCAACUCUGUUCGGCAGCUCUUGGAGCUGAACGCCGACCCUUCCCGGGCCUUUCGCAAGGACGGCAUGACUCCCUUGCACUUGGCCGCAGGUGCCUGCUUGGCGGACACUGUCCGGCAGCUCCUGCGCUGCGGUGCCCCCACCGACGCGAAGGCGGGUCCUGGAGGCUUCACGCCGCUGAUGAAGGUGGCGAACGCGCGCUGGUACUGCGACCGCCCGGAGGGCGCCGACAUCGCCCAGCAGCUGCUGCUGCACGGCGCGAAGGCCAAGGCGCGGGCUUGGCUGGGCCGCACGGCGCUGGAUCCCGCGAGGCCCAACGCCGCGGUGGCCGAAGUGCUGAAGAAGCAUCUCGCAGGGUAA